GGGCCUGGGAGGAGCAGAGCUGAGAGCCAGUGAGCCCUGAUCAUGGCCGCUGCAGAGCUGACCUGCCAGGUGUCCGAGGAGGACCGCGAGCGGCGAGAAGCCUUCUGGGCUGAAUGGAAGGACCUGACGCUGUCCACGCGGCCUGAGGAGGGUUGCUCUCUGCAUGAGGAGGACACCGAGCGGCAGGAGACCUACCACCGGCAGGGCCAGUGCCGGGCGCUGGUGCAGCGCUCUCCCCGGUUGGUGAUGCGGAUGGGCCUCCUCGGGCACGGGCUGCAGGAGUAUCUGCUGCCCUACCAGCGUGUGCUGCCACUGCCCAUCUUCAGCCCCGCCAAGAUGGGUGCCACCAAGGAGGAGCGCGAGGACACCCCCACCCAGCUGCGGGAGCUACUGGCACUGGAGACAGCCCUGGGUGGCCAGUGUGUGGAGCGCCAGGACGUGGCCGAGAUCACCAAGCAGCUGCCCCCUGUGGUGCCUGUCAGCAAGCCCGGCGCCCUGCGUCGCUCCCUGUCCCGCUCCAUGUCCCAGGAAGCACAGAGAGGCUGAGACAGACGGUGACUCGGGCUCUAAUGUGCCUGCCGUGGGCCGGGCCCUUCCUGGCUAGUACCAUGGAGGGGAACUGCUGGCCAUGGAUGCUUUGUAGUUUGCCCAGAGUUGGGGGCUAGGGGAGGAGGGAACCAGAGGCCAGGAUGCCUGGGUCCCCUGAGUUCCCAAAGGGAGGGGAGCAAAGACAGUGGGCACAAAGGCUGGAGAGUUUGGCACAGCCAAACAUCCCCAGCCCCGGGAGAAAGGACAAAAGAUGCUGGUGAGGACAGAGGUCCCCAAGGCGAGUGACCCUGGUCCAGGCUCCAGCUUCAGAGAAGGACGAGGAAAAGGGGAUCUGGAAUGCUCUAGGAAGGAGGCUUGGAGGAGACUGGAGUGAGGGGGAUGUGAAGAAGGCAGAGGCAGAGUGGAGCCCCCAGCAUCCUCUGUUAGCGCUGCAAUAAACACUCAGUUUUGUUCCAGA